AUGGCGAAAGCUUCCCAUAUAUUGCAAAAAGGUGCUGUCGUCCAGCACACCCCCAAAGCCCAUAACCUGAAAGGUCAACUGUCUGAAGGGAGCAUGGAAUCUUUGGCAACAACCAUUCGUUUCGUCACGCUGAACUGCCGAACACUAUCGAGUGAACUCCAACAAGCCGCUCUAUCCAGACUUCUGCGAUAUCUCUGUGUGCCUUUUGCUGCACUGCAGGAAACACGCAUGAGAGAUCGGCCCGUCAUCAGCAUCGAAAAUUACACCAUAUACUGCGGCGAUGCUGAUGAGAACAAAGUAGGUGGCUGCGCGAUAGCUGUGAGGAACGAUUACAAGAACCUGGCGGAGGAAUUUGGUUCAACGUCGUCUAGAUGCACCCUUUUACGACUGCGGGAUCGCGGAGGACGUAAACUCUGGAUCGUAAGUGCUCACGCACCUACGGAAACCGCUGAGGACAACAGUGAGGACGCCUUCUAUGAUGAACUCACUGCGUUGAUGUCUAAAAUACCAAGCCAGCAGGUGGUCAUUGUCGGAAUCGACGCAAAUGCGAAGAUGGAACUCGAACAGCAAUCCGAUGUGCUAGGAAAAUGGUACUAUGCAGCGGAGCGCACGUCGGACAACGGUGACCGUCUGGUCGACUUGUGCGAACAGACGGGCCUCAUCAUCGCUUCCACGUUUAAGAGGAGUCAUCGGCGCCAUCAACUCACGUGGCAGGGGUCAACCCUUUUAACGCCUAAAGAGCAGCGCAAGCGGAAGAUGAGGACUCUUAAACUUCAGCUCGACUACGUUCUGGCAAGGAACAUUCCUCAGUCAGAUAUCCGAAAAUCUAGAGCUGUUUGGGACGUCGCGUUCGACUCUGACCACCGUCCAGUUCUUCUCAGCUUCAAGAUACGGUUCCACAAGAGAAACCGAGGAGUUCCUCUUCAACCGAAAAUCGACAUGGCAGGUCUGAAAGACGAUGAAUGCAGAAGAAAAUUCCGCCAAUUCAUGUCUAUUCAUGUUGGAGUACGGACCAGGAAGAAGCUUAGCGAUGCGGAUUCCUUCAAAAAGUGCAUUCAGGACGCUGCAAGGGAAACGCCCCCGGUUCUAUUGCCGCGGAAGAAGUUUGCCUUUGCAUCUGCGGAAACAAAAUCCACAUACAAUUCUGUAUGUGUCGCGCGCAGCGCUGGUGACUUCAACCAGGAAAAGCGUCUUAGAAAGAAGCUGCGUCGUCAACUGCAACAAGACCGCGAUAACGAGUGGACGUCAAGAGCGAUGGAGUUUGAGAAGGCGUGGGAGGACAGGAACCCGCGGAAAGCCUAUGCUCCACUAAAACAGUAUAGCGGCAAAAUGAAAAGAUGUUCCCCUGUCCUCAACACUGUCAAUGGGGUAGCUGUCGGUGAAGCAACCCUUCCAAUUUGGAAGGAACACUUCAAGACCUUGCUGAACCGGCUAGCACCGUCAGCCCCUGAACUCGAACACGUUCAUUGA